GCCAACUUCAACCUCAGAGGGGAACACAAAUAUACCCAUUGCUCAAGGCGUCAAGAGGGAACACAAAUACACAUUUUACCCAAUGUUUUAAGAGGGAAUACAAAUACACACUUUGCUAGCCUACUAGAUGGUACAAGUGCAUACUUACAUCUAGCAUUCUUGAAUGGUAUAGACAAGAGCUCACUUGUAUUUAGCAUUCUUGAUAAAAAGGAUGAUUCUAAUAAAGAAAGAGUUGCUGUUUUAGCCGCUUAA